GCUCCUUCUCCUGGAUUUCCUCCCCGCUCCCGCUGCUGCUGGUUGGUUACAUUGUAUCAGUUCCCACACGAAGAAACACCACGGCACUCAUCCAGAAACGGUGAAUACGGAGGAAUUAACCUGGAUGGGAAAGCUAUUCGCUGUGGGAUUAAUUGCCUGAAGGUCGCUGGAGACGAGUGGACUUGUGUCGGGCUUGAGGCGGCACCGAUAAAAAUGCCCUCCGGACUCGGGUUGUUUUCGAUGAGGACGGUAUCUCGAAGUGUGAUGGCAGAAGUCCAGUGAAUCGCUGGCCUCCCCUCCUCUCUUGUGUUGGAUGUCUUGGGGAGUGCGCUGCCACUGGUUUCUGGUGCUCAAGAUUUUUAUUUAUUUAGAGGCUUUAUUAUAAUUCACACUCUGAUUUGUUCCUUUUAUGGAGUGCAUACCACCAUGGACAGACCAGGGUUUGGAAUAGGAGUGGCUAGCUAAGUCGGACAAUAUGUGGUUAAAUGGCACAGGAACGAGUAGACCGUGAGGAUUCUCUAACCCUUGCCCCUGAGCCCCAACCAUCUGAGAGGGUGUCGGACCUCACUGAGGCAAUCCUGGGCCGUUGGCACUAAAAUGUCCCUAAGUGGUGGCACUGCAGGCGGGAAAGGUGUGGACUCUAAUGCGGUGGACACUUACGAUAGCGGGGAUGAGUGGGAUAUCGGUGUUGGAAAUCUGAUUAUUGACCUUGACGCUGACUUAGAGAAGGACAAACUUGAGAUGUCUGGCGCCAAGGACGGCAUGGCGGCACCACCCAGUGCAGUGGCAGCGUUGCCUGAUAACAUCAGGUUUGUUAGUCCAGUGUCUGGCUCUCAAGGCAAGGAAAGCAAAUCCAAAUACAAGCGCAGUAAGAACUCUAAAGACAAUAGUAACAAAGCUUCAGCUGGAGACGGGGGCAAAAAAGAAACUACAGGACGGACUCAAGGGGAGCCAACAGGCACAGCAGCAAGUGCAGGAGCUGCUGGCAACAAUUCCACCUCUGGAAAGAACAUGGAAAAAGGGGGCAAAGCUUCCAGAGGUGUUCUGAGUGGUAAAAAAGAGAAAGAAGGGGCUAGUGGGAAAAGUAAGAAGGACAAAACAGAUGGAGCCCAAGUUGUGGCAAUAGCUGCUGUGGAGAAGGAUGUUGUGUCUCAAACCCAAGUUGAUUUGGGGAAUAGUCGUAAUGCGUCCUUUGAGAACACACAAUCAACAGACUUGGCAGAGGCCAAUCAAAUGGGGAAUAUUGCACUUGAACCUGUAGGGAUAGUACCAGCAUUGACCGCAAAAACUGAACCAGAGGAGGUGGAAAAUGGUAAUAGUGAAUGCAAGACGUUAAAGAAGGUGAAAAAUGAAAAGAUGGAAUCUCCUGUCUCCACGCCAGCUCCUCCCCCCCUCCACCUCCUGGCCACAGUAGGCAACAGUGAGAUUUCCUCGCCGUGUGAGCAGAUAAUGGUGCGCACACGCUCGGUGGCCGUGAACACAUCCGAUGUGGCCCUGGCUACUGAACCUGAGUGCUUGGGGCCCUGUGAGCCCGGUACUAGUGUCAAUCUUGAAGGCAUUGUGUGGCAGGAAACUGAAGACGGCAUGCUGGUGGUCAAUGUUACUUGGAGAAACAAGACAUAUGUGGGCACCCUGUUGGACUGUACACGACAUGACUGGGCUCCCCCCAGGUUUUGUGAAUCCCCUACAAGCGAUCUAGAGAUGAGGAAUGGGCGUGGUCGAGGUAAGCGAAUGAGACCGAAUAGCAACACCCCUAUCAACGAGAACAGCAACUCGUCAGACAACAAGGGCACCACCAACAACAAGACGCGUGCUGCUUCCAACAGCAAGGGCCGGAGGGGCAGCCAGACGCCAUCAGAGCGCCGCACCCCACCGAACAGCAACACAGAAGACAUCAAGGCCAGUCCCUCCUCAGCUGGGAAACGCAAGUCCAAACCAGCUUCGGACAUGGAACCCAAUUCCAGCUCAGAGGACACCAAAGGCAACAAACGUAUGCGGACAAACUCCAACAGUGGAGGAGUGGGUCCAACAGGUCUCCCUAUUCCUUCUAUUAAGACUGAGCCACUUCCACCUCCCCUUGAUCGCAGCUGCCCCUCUCCAGUUCUUAUUGAUUGCCCACACCCUAACUGCAACAAGAAGUAUAAGCACAUUAAUGGUCUCAAGUACCACCAAGCCCGUGCCCACAAUGAUGACGACAUAAAGUUGGAAAUAGAUGGAGACAGUGAAUAUGGAGAGGACUCCACUCUCCACCCUGAACCAGGGAACUGUAAUGGAGCAUCUAUCUCGCAGAAAGGAUGCUUGUCUCCGGCACGUUCAGUUACUCCUAAAGGUAGGAACUUUGAUGCUCAAAGUCCUUCCCCAUCUCCUGGCAAGUUUGGUUCAAAGCAGAGUAAAAAGAAAAUUGCUGAGACAGAUCCAGAGACAGGAGGUCCCCCGACAGAUGGGUGUGAAGAUGGGCCAUGCCUCACUGAUGAAGCCAGUAAUGAUGGUAUAGAUGAUAAGAGAGGAUCAGACAAGUCUAAAAAGGCUGGCACAAAAGCUGAUAAAAUGGCCCAGAAAAACAUGAAAUCACCACGGCCGGUUGGCCCUGGCUCUACAGCAUCCCAGCAGAUGUACCCUUUCCCUCCUGUAAACCCAAAUUCUUCCCCGGGGCUUACCCCAAUGAUACAAGGGAUUCCCAAGAGUCCCCAAAUGAAGGGCACACAGCCUAAACCCCCUGUCAUUGGAGAUCCUGCCUCAAGUAGCUCCAAAGACAAGAAGAAGAAAGAAAAGAAGAAAAAAGAUGGUGUGAAGGAGGCUGACAGCCCCAAGCCUCCGGGAAAGGGAGGUAAACUUGAGGAAGGAAAGCUUCCAUGCUCUGAACCUUCUGAUCCAGGAAAUAAGGGGGAAGCACUGCUCAAUGGUUCCUCUGAUCCUCAUCAGAGUCGCUUGGCCAGUAUCAAGGCUGAGGCUGACAAAAUUUACAGCUUUUCUGACAAUGCCCCUAGCCCAUCCAUUGGUGUAGCCAGUCGGAUAGAUGGCACUGGGAUGCCACAGCCUCUCACGCCACUUCACGCUGGGAACCAGAAUGGUGCAGAUAACUCUUCAGUCAAAACCAAUAGCCCAGCAUAUUCAGACAUUUCAGAUGCUGGUGAGGAUGGUGAAGGGAAACUAGAAGGUGUCAAAGUCAGGACAGAGGACCAAGCUGUCAGGGAAAGUGUCAAAAAAGCACUCUUUCCAAACCAGACACCCAACAAAGAUUCUCCGUACUAUCCCGGCUAUGAGACGUAUUACUCGCCCAAUUACGUAAACCCAAGUCCUGGUGGGCCCAAUCCAGGCACACCAGUGCCUGAAGGUCAUAUUAAGAUCAAAAGGGAAGAGGAUCAGGACCAAGGUGAGGAAAAAGUCAAGGUUGAGGUUCAUGAAGACCGCAAACCUGACAUCAGUAUUCCUGGCCAGCAGCAGCAACAGCAGCAGCAGCAGCAACAGCAGCAACAGCAGCAGCAGCAGCAACAGCAGCAACAACAGCAACAACAGCAACAGCAGCAGCAACAGCAGCAGCAACAGCAGCAGCAACAACAGCAACCCUCAGUCAUCCAACAGCGAUCCAACAUGUACAUGCAACCUCUUUACUACAACCAGUAUGCUUAUGUUCCCCCAUAUGCAUACCAUCCCGAUCAAGCCUACCAUAACCACUUGAUGAACACCAACCCAGCCUACCGGCAACAGUACGAUGAGAGGCAGCGACAGAUGGCUGAACAGCAUCGUGCUGAGAAGAAGUCGGACAUAGCCAUAAAAGAAAGAGAAGCCUCCAUGAAGGAGGAGUGGAAACAAAAGAGCUCGAUGCCGCCAAGCCUCUCCAAAGCCCCAAGUCAGUCAGACCUUGGCAAGACGCCGCAGCCCUCAAGCAAAUCUAGGGACUCACCCUCUGAGCCCUCCUCCAAAUCCCUGGGAAGCAUAAAGGGGGAGGACCCAAAGUCCCAGCAAGCUGAGGGGCUAAAAAUGAAGCUGACGGAAGGGGGUCACCAUGGAAAGGAAGACUCCAAGCAAUCACUGGAGUCCAGAGGUCAGGCAGGGAUGGAGCAGGCAAUGUGGUACAGACAGCAGUACCCUGAGGGCCAGAAGCCCCAAGCAGAAGACGAACACCAGCAACCUCGAUGGAAAGAUGAAAGGGACAGAGAACGGGAACGAGAUCGUAAAUUAAAGGAUGAAAGGCCCAGGCUCAAAGACAGUCAAAGUGGGCCCAAGGAGGACGGCAAAGAGGGUAGUGAUCCCAGAAUCCCUUCUGAGGACCACCGGGCCAUGAGUAAAGACUCUCGUUCUAAUCCCCACAUGCAGUUCUCAUCACCACUAGCACAGCACCAGGGCUACAUGCCCUACAUGCAUGGUUACCCCUAUGGACAAGGCUAUGACCCCAACCACCCUGGAUACAGGGGCAUGCCCUCAGUCAUGAUGCAGAAUUACCCAGGUUCGUACCUUCCUGGAGGCUAUCCGUUUUCUCCAUAUGGCAAUAAAAUAGCCGGAGGUGAGGAAGGCGGAGACAAAUCUCGCGCUAGCCCUACUGUCACCAAAACGGCAGCAGACUCCAAAGCCCUGGAUAUCCUGCAUCAGCACGCCAGCCAAUACAAGAGCAAAUCCCCCACAGUAGGUGACAAGCCACCCCAUGAGAGGGAGAGGGAGCAGGACAGAGGAGCUGGUGGAGACAGAGAUCGGGAAAGGGAGCGCGAGAGGGAAAGAGACGUGGAUCGACCACGCUCCUCGCCCUCCCAGCGCAUCAUGCCCUCUCACCACCACCUGGGAUACCCCCUGCUCUCGGGCCAAUAUGACCUCUCCUACGCCACAGGUCUCUCUUCAGCAGCUAUUGUUGCCAGCCAACAAGCAGCAACCCCCUCCCUCUACCCACCACCACGGAGGUGAGAACGGGAAACCUGACCGUCACACCUCAACCCUGCAAAGAUUCAUGUGACUGGCUCACAUGAGAAGAAAAUCUCCCGGGUGUUACCUUUUAGACAUCAGUUGAAUGGUGUUUCUAUCUAUAUUUUUAGUUCUUCUGCCCCGAGGCGAGGCAGAAUGUCGGGGUUUUUUGUCCUCCCCUCGUAUAUGACCCCAAAUUUUCCAAACCUUGGACUAGAACAGGACUGAUAAUAACCCAGGUUCAAAGCCAUCACUCUGCCUCACCACGCAGAGGAAACACCAACCCGCUGAUUAUCUAGUCUUUGCACUGUCAACAAAUACAAUGCAAAAAGAGACUAUUGGACUGCCAGAACAGCUUUUUUUGUUGUUUUUUUCUUUCUUUGACUGCAUCGUUUUUUGCAGAAAGAAACUGGCAGGGGAUUUUGAUAAAUUGGGUGGCUGAUGGGAAAAGGGGGAGUCAAACUAAAUUAAAAGACUGAAAAGAAAAAGUGAAUCAUAUUGAAAUUAUUUCAACUCUAUGUCUUUGGCUUAUUGUAUGCCGUGAAACAACAGUAUAUCCUUAACUUGACAAAUGUUUGGCUAUAUUUCGUGGGGGAGAGGGAAUAUGGCAACAGCUGCUUUCUUCAGAGACUUGAGAGCCUGAGAAGUUUUUCAUUUUUCCAUCGUCAUUGUCGAUUCCCAUCCUCUUUGAACCCUCAGUUCUUGUUUCAGGGAUGAUGUCGUCAUGUUUUUGCGAAGGGACCGCACACACCUCAAUGGAGAAUAAACACUAUUCAUGUUUUCUUUUCUCGGUGAUACUUCACUUCUACUCCAUAUCAUUGUGUUCAUCCUUGAAUGUGUCUGAUGCUGGUAUGAUUCCUGUUUUUCCUCACAAUGAAAGGGUCGCAUCUGUCGUUACACUCAAAACGGUGAAGCCACAUUAGCAAGCGAUGAAUUCACGGGGCGUUGUCAUCACUGCAUCUGGCCACUUGUAAGGUUUUACUGUAAGAUUGUGACUCGUCGCGUUUGAUUGUUUUCUGAAAAAAAAAUGUGAAAUUCCACUCGACUCCAGUAUUUUUCUGCUGUAAUAUAGACUUUUAGCCUACUUUUAUGUGCAUAAAUGUUUAUAUUUAUCCCAGCACGCAACUGUUUAAAAACUUGUCACUGUUAAAUAGCUUUCAGCCUUCACAGCGUUAUUCAUUAUGUGCUCAGAUCAUCGUUUCAGAGACGUCUCGCUGUUUCUUCUUCUCACCCAGCUUUGGUUGUCUUGCUGCACUUUUUCUGUGUUAUUCACUUGGCCUCUACUUUUUCAACACAUCACAAGCUUGGUUCACACAUUGAUCCCAACAUGCAGCGUGCAAUUAGCCUGGAACCAGAACUCAGUCGCUGUCCACAUCUCAGAUCUUUUUCAGUGAUUCAACUGACGGAUGUAGUGAAAACAAAAUGGCACAUCUGUCUGAUUUUCAGGCAGUUGAUCACUGUCAAAAGGACGAAAAUUUCUCUGGGUGCUUCGCUUGCGCGUGUGGCUUCACCGUAACACGUUCACCUCGGACAGUAUGCAUGGGUUACCUACUAGCAACUAUUUUUAGAUCAACUGGGCCAAUGAGUCUGAUACUUCAGACAAACGGCUUUCUUUGUUCAGUUUCUGCCUGUGCUGUCAACAUACUGGCACAUUAAACACAAGUGCAUGAAAUGACCCCCAAAACCCCUGUUACUGUCAUGUGAACCAACAAACAAACAAAAAUAAAAAGAAGGGUGAGCCGAUGAGAAGCUUGGAGCAAAAGUUAACAUGGUGAAAACCAGUGAAAUGGGGACCUUGAUCACGCACAUAGGGCUGAAGAAGGGAGGCUCAAAGUUCGGCUGGGAAGAAGCACGUUGCUCUCGGCUUUCCUUUGGAUCUCAAACUGGUUGUUCCACUUUGUCAAUUCACUUUAAAUCUGCAGCAAAAGCAACAGUCAACAUGGCCUGUUCUAGCAGAGGAAAUUACAGUUCUGUUGUACCUCAGGGGUUGUAAGUGAAAUUCUAUCCAGAUGCUAUUUGCAUUGAUUCGAGAGGGCUUUUGUUUAUUGGUGUGGGGAAAAAAGCACAUUUUCUGCUCAGAGCUGGACGUGCUGCUGUAGUGGUUUCAUUUAUAAAUGAGAAAUUGGCUCAGGAGAAGGACUUGUUAAAGGUUUUAUGCCACACCAUGCUGUUGGGGGUUGUGAACAGUCUUUACGUUCCUCUGACGCGUUGUAAUGAGAGUAAAAUAUUGACCGUGUUGUCGUUAAAUUGAAUUUGAUUGAUUUUGGUUUUACACUUUUAAUGUUCCCAUUAUUGUAAGUUUUUUUUCUCUCUCAUUGAAUACUGUAUGUGAUCAAGUCCAUAAACUGCCAGUUAGUCUCAUGUCUAACACCCUCUGAAGCUGGAUGUUUGUUGAGUCUCAUGAUUAUGAAACUGCAGCAAUUACUUUUGAGGUUCACGGACAUUCCCAGUAAAUAAGUUGCCAGUUACUUGUCCCACGGAAGUUUGCAAGAUGGUUUAUCUUUUGACUUUUUGCGCAUUUUAAAGAAGAAUGGCUAACAUGAAAAAGCUGAAUGUGGUGGUGUUUGACUUGUACUUAAUUUGUAAGGGUAAUCUAGGCAGCUGUGAUGUUGUCAUUAAAGUCAGUGGGUUUUAGUACCAGCAGACUGCAUACAGUACAUAUAGUUUUAUCAGACAAUGGUUGUGACAAGUGCAUUUGUUCUCUCUCUGAGAGUAGUAAUGUUAUCUCAGUAGUAAGCAAAGCCCAGUGAAAAUCAUAUAUACUGAAGUGUAUGAAAAGCCAGAAAAGUAAUGUUUGCUAUCAACAUAUUGGAAAGUGCUUGGCUCUUGUAUUUUGCAGGACUGUAUUUGUUUCAUGGUGAAGAGUAUAUUUAUUGGCCAGCAGUUGUCUCAAUUGGUGCCUAGUUGAACAUUCUUCUGUGAAAACACAGAGACACUUGCUCGUUUGUCCUUUUCCCAAACCCACCUACUGUCACACAACACCCCCACCCCCAACCCCCCCACCCCAGAGUACCGGUUCUGGUGCUUGCAAGGAUGUUUACAAUGUCUUCAUUUUCUUUCUGUGUGAGAAAUUCAGAACUCUUCACCCUCACCUCCUUUCUCCCUCCCUUCAGGAGUUUGUGUAAAGUGUACAUUACCAUGAUUCUUUUUUAUACAAUACUCUGUAACUUGCCUUUGUAAAUUUGGGCUGGAAAAAAAUAAAUCUUUUUAUGAGACAAUCUGUCCUUGGAACUGCUCGACGGCUUCGGCUCUGUGGAUGCUGUGGAAUUGAGAGAAGACUGUUAAAUGAUCCUAUUUUCAACUACUAUGUUUGUGCAAGUCUUAUCUUGGAAGUUAUGUGUUAAGCUUGAAAAUCAAGAAAAAGUCAUCGUGGUACAAUUAUUUCACUUUACAGAAGACUUUAUUAUGAAUGGAAAUGAACCCUUUUAAUCAAGAAUAAACAGUUUGCCACACAGGUU